UCUUAUGCGGAGGAUUGAGUGUGUUUUGGUAAGACACCGCUACCGUAGCGCUACAGCUUUUUCGCUAAAAUUGUAGCGGUAAAGUUAGUAAAACUGAGUAUAACGCUACAAAUGUUGCACUAUACUUAAUUAACGUUAUUGAUUUUGGCUGGACAGUGCUACUGUACAUAGCCUCCAAAUUGUAUUUAAUUGCUAAUAGUCGCGUUCGGUAAUUAUUUUAAAUGAUUUGAAUAAUGGAAAAUAUUGAAGAUAUUGUAGCGCUACAGCAGCAGUGUCUCGCCGGAACGCUCUCUUGUAGCGCUACAAUAGCGCUACUGUAGCGGUAUCUUACCAAACGCACUCAUAUUGUGACUUUUCAAACGCGACACUCGUGACAUGCGCACGAGCGUUCCUAGUCGGCGCGAUUGGCUCGCAUGUCGAGGGAGAGACGAGAGCCUCGCAUUAAAAUGGCCGCACCUGGUGAUCGCGUGUUCACCGCGAAGAAGCGUCGCGUCGUCACAUAACAAAAUAGUCUACCCGAGGAGUCGGUCGCUCACAGGAUCAACAUGAGCAGGAGCGGGGAAAGUGGAAUAUCGCUGGCGACGCCGCCGGCGAUUCACGUCGGGCCCAUUGUCACGCCCGGAUCCAACGAGACCAUCUCUAUCGUAAUACCGUUAUCGGCGCAACUCACUACAAUGACCAGCCAGAAGGUCUACAAGAACUGCACGGAUUGCAGUAAGGACGCGAAACAGUCGACCGCCACUAAUCCUGUUCGAAGUCCGAGAAACGACAGGACCAAGGGCUGUCCCUUUCCCACGUGCUCGCGAUACGGACGAGCGUUCUCCAGGGCACACGAUCUGAAGCGACACAUAGCUCGGCAUGCGAUGCGAAAGGAGAAGUUGCAGUUGACUGAUCAACAUAAGGUCGUUGUCGAAAACGCCGCAAACGACACGACCCUACAGGGCGCCCUUCUACGCGGCGCUGAAGACAAGGGCGGGUUUGCCUGCCCCCGUUGCAAGAAAAGAUACAGCGACGAGGAUAAGCUUAAGGUCCACCUGGCCUCGCACGGCAAGACGAUGCCAAAGAACCACUCGAAGCCGGAGGAACAUACCAAAGGCAUAGGUCAAGCAAUUGUGGACAAAUCUUCGACACAGAAGGAUCCUACAGAGGACGAAUUCUUUUUGGAGGAGAUGCUAUUGCUGAAGAAGGAUCCUCGAAAAGCGAACAAAGGCGAUUCGAAGAUCAGAUGCGACUACUGCUCGAAGACUUUCAAGACCAAGUGGACUUUGAGUUCGCAUGUGGCCGCUCACGAGGGCCGUUUUCAGUUUGAUUGCGGCCAAUGCGGCAAGAAAUUUGUCAGGAAAAGUCACUACGAGGGCCACGUACGUUCUCACGAGGCCGCCAGACCAUACAAUUGCGAGCAGUGCGGCAAGACAUUCAAGGAACUCAAGCAUCGUCGCGAGCAUACUAAGCGAAAACAUCCGAGCAAUCAAAGCGCGAUACAAAGCUUGUUAGACAGCAUCGGACCGUGUGCGACCGAAGAGACGAAUAUCGAUCAAGCCAAAUUCACCUUGCUGAUGCCGGUGAACUUUAGCCCGUAAAACGAUGGAAGAGAUUUUCGCCGUCUUGAAAGCUUACUGUGAAUCCUUCGACUUCGAACUAUAAAAAAUUUAAUUCUCUUACGGGGAAUCUUCGGAUCCACAAGACCUGAGAUUUCUUGGAACAUUGUAUCCAUGGGGCCUUCGGUACUUUAGCUUCUUGGAACUCUGGAUGCUCGGAAGAUUGGAUUCUCAAAUCUUUUAUCUACUUGGAGGAUGGAAAUCUUGCAACUUUACUUAGAAGAUUGGGUUCUUGGAGCAUUGAAAGUUUACAUUUCUUGAAAACUUAAAACUUAAUUGCUUGAUCUAUGACCUUGAUCUUUGACCUCGGCUAUAGAUCUUAUACUUAGAAUUUUGGGCUCUUCGCAAUAUAAAUUUUUGAAGGCUCGGAGUUCUGAAGUCUCAAAUUUUAACCGGAUAACCGGAAAUUUUGGAUUGAUCUUGCAAAUUCUAAGAGAGAUUCUCAACGACCAAAAAAUAAUAUAUAUCUAAAUGAUUAUUUUUUUUAAAUUUAUUGACAAGGGAUCCGAUUGACAAAUCAAAAUCGUGUGAACUGAUUUCACUGAUUAUAUUUAAUUUGUUAUUCCAUACUUCACGAGAAAUGUCGAAAAAAUAAAUCUUAAGUAAGUGAAGCCAUUAUCUUGUAUUCGCUUUAUUCUGUUAUCUGCACAUUUGCUUAAAUUUCCUAGAAAAAAGAUAUAUGCAUAUAUAUAAUAAAACUAUACACGACUUGAAAAUAAUUUUGAUGAUGUGAUACGGUCAUAUUAAUUUAAGAGAUAUUUAUAAAUAAUUUGCGGUUCUUGUUUCCUCACCUCAAUCAUAUGAUUUACAAUGUCAGAGGAGAAAAGUUAUUCUUGCGGAAUAAGUAAAACAUUUUUUCGCCUGCCA